CUCCCCUCCGCGUCCUGGGGCUCGCGAUCUCCAGCGCUCCGCCUGCCUUGAGGCAGCUCAGCUUGGUGGCUGUCGCGGAGCACCAACCAUCGCCGAUCGCCGCGGCUGGAACGCGGCCGGGAAGGAGGGCGUCCGCCGGGCAGUGCAGCUGACAUCGGGCGGCCACGCGGUCGGCCUUCUGCGCGGAUAGCGGCCGCGUGCGUCCCUCGGUGCGCCCCUCGGUGGGUCCGUGCCACCGGCUGAAAGUCCUGGAUUCCCGGCACCAAAUGGGAGGCUACACCAGACCGAUGGCGGCGGCGGCGGCGGCGGCCCUGUCGGGCCCAGGGGUGCGGCUGUCGCGCUCGGCGGCGGCCCGCGGCUCGUACGGCGCCUUCUGCAGGGGGCUCACGCGCACGCUGAUCACCUUCUUCGAUCUGGCCUGGCGGCUGCGCACGAACUUCCCCUACUUCUACGUGGUGGCCUCGGUGAUGCUCAACGUCCGCCUGCAGGUACACAUUUAGAGAAACUAACUUUGUGGCAUUGGGGGUGGUGGUGAUCCGGUGUGAUGGCUGGUUUCCACCUACCGGGUCGCCAGCCCAAGAUCGAAGCGGCCAGUUCGACUCGCGCUUGCAGACUUGCCAGUCUGUCUUUUCAGUCACUGCCUUGUCUUUUCAUGUAAAUGAGGGCUAGAAAUCAGCAUUUGCACAAAGCCCACUGUAUAACCAAGAAAGCCUAGGAGAGAAUGAAAAAGCUGACUCUCUAAGAAAUAGAUAAAUCAAGGAACGGGGAAGAACUUUAAACUCUGAAAAUCCUCAGAAAUACUUGAGAAGCUCUUGCAUCCAUAAAAACACAAAAUGGCCCGAACAGUAGGAAAUGACAAUGGUCACUGGACGCCCCAGGGAGAAAACAAGAGGAAAGGUUACUGAGGACUUAAAGGUAAAUUAACUGCACAACACUGGUCCAAGUAGGAGUCAAAUCUUCCAAAGGAGAACAAGAUGUGAACACACUUCCCACUGCAUGGAAUGAAUUCUGAGCAAUAGAUGGACUGAGUUAGAAGCUGGAGGAAAUUCAUCCUAUCUGAAAGGCAUACAUUUCUUCAUCCCCAAAGAAAAGCCAAUGGCAAACGGAAACUGCAGGGGAAAACAAACAUUUCAAACCCUACAAGGAAGGCAUGCUUCAAAUAUAAAGCAACCUCAGCUAGGGCCAGGUUUGGACAGUUGCCAGGACUGGAAGAAUGGGAACCCAAUUGGCACGUGCGCGGUGACUCUGCGGUCACAGAGGAGACCAGUCACCUGGUUCAACUCAGCUCUUCAGUGAACGAUAUUUGAAUAAUCAUUUCAAUGGAAAUAGAAGUUAUGGUGUUCCAUUUUUAGACUAAAUCUGUGAGCUAAGAAGGGAAGACAAUAAUGGUUGUAGAACCGGAGGGGAAUUAGCCACUUGGACUGAGUCCGGUCCCGGCAACAAGCAGGCGGAUGGAGAGGAGGAAAGGGAACAGUGGUGUUAUUCUCAGAAAGCAGGAAGUUCUGAUUCUGUCUCUAGUUGAAAGAAUAAGGCAGGUUUAGGGACUGUGUUAUUAAAGUCAACAAAGUAGCCAACAGGGGAUUUAAAAAUAGUGAUUCAGCCAUUUUCGGGGGGCGGAGGAGGUUCUGGGAGGGCAGGAAGUCAAAAAAUUCCUCCUGUUAUCAAAUCAAAAAAUAGCAAUCAAAGCAUAUUCUCAAGGAAGAAAGGAGGUAACCACUAACAGACAUGUGUAAACGUUUUCGUCGCUGGCUUGGGGGAACUGAGUUGAAACAAGAUGGGUAGGGAUUUACUACUUUUCAUUAUAUGCUUUUUUUACUAUUUGAUUUUUUUGAAAACUGUGUAUGUACCGCUUUGAUUCAAAAUGAAAACUUAUU